AUGAGUAUUAAAUUUGGCUGGCUUGAUGGAGACGUUACUGCCGCCUCAGGCAGGCUCAACGCUGCGAUUGUCGAGUAUUCCCAUAAUGGUGCUGGUAAUGUCUCUGCUACAGGUGUGGAGUUGUUCGUGGGGCGUUGGUCUAGAGGUUUCAUCCUCAUGUCGGUGGGGGAAUUCGAGAUUGUUGAAGGCGCGACAUUUGAGGCUGAGACAGCAAUCCCCUCCCGUGAACCUGUACAGCUCAAGUCAAAACUUGAAAGGCCGCAGGCUGGCCCUGUAGGACUUGAUAGGAUUGAAAGGGACUUGUGA